CCGCUUCGGGGCUCCGCUAUAAAACCCCGGCGGGCAGGCUCGCGGCACCCCCCUCGGUGCGACACCCCGGGCUCGGCGGUCCGCGCUGUCCCGCACGAUGAGGCUGCCGCUUGCUGUCCUCGCCCUCGCCCUGGCCGCGUCCGGGGCUGACACAGAGUCACACUGGUGCUACCAGAUUCAAGUCCAGAACUCUCAGCACAACUGCCUGGGGCCUGCCCAAUGGGGUGGAGAGUGCCAGAAGAGCCAACAGUCUCCCAUUGACAUCGUCACCAACAAGGCCAGGCUGGACUACAACCUGGGGGACUUCUCCUUCUCCGGCUAUGACAAGAAGCAUAGUCGGCUUGUUCAAAACAAUGGACACUCAGUGAUGGUGUCGCUGGAGCCAGAUGUCACCAUUAAUGGAGGGGGCCUGGCCACACUGUAUCAGGCCACACAGUUGCACCUGCACUGGUCUGAGGACCUAAACAAUGGCUCGGAGCACGCCCUCGAUGGGGAGCGCUUUGCCAUGGAGAUGCACAUAGUACACCAGAAGGGCAUCGAGGGUGGGGCCCAGAACGCUAAAGACCAGAUUGCAGUGCUGGCCUUCCUGGUGGAGGAGGGAAGUGAGCACAAUGAUGGUUUCAGGGUCCUGGUGGAGGCCCUGGAUAAAAUCCCCAAGCCCGGCAUGAACGUCACGAUGGAGGCAAGCAGCCUCACGGACCUGCUGCCCCUGGAGGACAAACUGAAGCACUACUUCCGCUACCAGGGCUCGCUCACCACGCCGACGUGUGAUGAGACCGUUGUCUGGACCGUGUUCAAGGAGCGCAUUCAGCUCCACAAAGACCAGAUCCUGGCCUUCUCCCAGAAGCUGUACUACGAUGAGGAGCAGAAACUGAAGAUGACGGACAACGUGAGACCGCUGCAGCAGCUGGGAGACCGCCUGGUGUACACCUCGCAGGCCCCCGCACAGCUGCUGCCUGUGUCCCUGCCUGCCCUGCUGCUACCCACACUCACCUACCUGCUGGCCAACGUCCUCUGAUGACGGCUCAUUCCUGGACAGUGCUCCCUGACCUUGGCCCUCAGAGGACUUGGUUUCCAGUCUUUAUGUUUCCCGGGCUGGACUUUGGAUGAUUAAAAUACGGGUAUAUUUUUUGAGAAA